AUAUGAAAAAUGCAACGUCAUUGUUUUUUGUACAUACAUACCACGCAUAGUGAGCACAUGUUUAUAUGACCAUUUGGAAUUUCACACGCUGUCCCAAUGGCAUUAUCAUAAUAUUGGUUCGCUUACGUUACAUUUAUAAUUCAAUAACAAAUGUAAUUGUAAAAAACGAUAACUUAUCUCUAUUUAUGUCGUUUCAAUAAAGCAAUAACAAAAAAAACAAAAAAAAAAAUAAAGUUAAUACAUUUGAAAUUUUCAAUAUAUAGAGAUUACGCGAGUUGUUAAAAGUACUCAGUUUUGAUUUUAUUACAUAGAAGGAAACAUUUAAAAGCAUUUUAACGGUACAAGUUCUUUUCUUUUUUUUUUUAAAGGAAAUUAAAAAUCAAUCAAUUUAAAAAAGAAAUUCCCCUGAAGUGAUGAGUGCUAACGAGGGCUAUCAAAAGGAUGACGUGUCCUUUUAUGAAACCAAUACAGUGUUGAAUGAUCGAAAUGAUGAGAAUAAUAAAACUCAGAAAACGGUAAUAACAAAUGCAAAUGGAAAAAGUUUCAAGUGGUGGCAGCGUAAAAGAAAUAAAAUAUCGAAAAAGGACAAAAACGAAAAUGUCGAUAAUGAUAAAGAUAAAGACAGUCGUGACGAGAUCCAACCGGUGGGUUUCUUUCAAAUGUAUCGAUAUGCCUCGCGCACGGAUCAAUUCAUGUAUGCGUUGGGCAUUUUGGGCGCUUUGGCUACUGGUUCAACAGUACCGUUUAAUAGCUUAAUAUUUGGCGACUUAGCAAACUCCAUGAUAGAGUUUGCUUUCAACACUGCGAACAGUACAAGUCAGGCGGAUAUCGAUGCUUUAUUGGAAGCCGUAACAACGUACGCCUUCAAGUCCACCUUGAUGGGCGUAAUAAUGUUAGUUUGCAGUUAUAUAUCAGUAACGUUAUUCAACUAUGCAGCUCAAGAUCAAAUAUUCAGAUUACGCGGUAAAUUUUUAAGAUCUGUUCUUCAUCAGGAUAUGUCUUGGUUUGAUUUUAAUCAAAGCGGUGAAGUAGCUAGUCGUAUGAAUGAAGAUUUGACAAAAAUGGAAGACGGCUUAGGGGAAAAGGUGGUUAUGUUUUUACAUUUUUUUGCAGCCUUUGGCGGUUGUAUUGUUUUCGCUUUCAUCAAAGGCUGGCAAUUGUCCUUGGUAUGUUUAUCUAGUCUACCUGUAACAUUUAUUGCUAUGGGCUUGGUGGGUGUGGUCACGGCAAGAUUGUCCAAACAAGAGCUAAGCAUAUAUGCUGAUGCCGCAGUUAUAGCCGAAGAGGCUAUUAGCAGUAUACGAACUGUGAAAGCUUUUGAAGGUGAACACAGAGAGGCCAAGGCAUACAAAGAUAAAAUUGUCGAUGCACGCAAAAUAAAUAUUAAACGUAAUUUAUUCUCGGGUCUGGGAUUCGGUUUAUUAUGGUUUUUUAUCUAUUCUUCAUACGCCUUGGCCUUUUGGUAUGGCGUUGGCUUAGUUCUCAAGAACUACGCGGGUGAUGAACACUAUUCUAACUAUGAUCCUGGUACUAUGAUUGCCGUUUUCUUCUCCGUUAUGAUGGGUUCAAUGAAUCUUGGUAUGGCUUCGCCAUAUAUUGAAGCUUUCGGUAUUGCCAAAGGCGCUUGCGCGAAAGUUUUCAAUUUAAUCGAAAAAGAACCUACGAUUAAUCCAAUUAAGGCGAUCGGAAGUACUUUAAAUCAACCCUUAACUGUUUUGGAAUUCAAGGAUGUCGAUUUUCAUUAUCCUACACGUGAACGGAUGAAAGUAUUGGAUAAGUUAAAUUUAAAAAUCAAACGUGGACAAACAGUCGCUCUUGUCGGACCUUCUGGUUGCGGCAAAUCCACCUGCAUACAAUUGAUACAACGGUUUUACGAUCCUCAAGGCGGUGCCAUCCAUUUUAAUGAUGUAAAUUUAAAAGACAUUAACAUUAACUGGCUGCGAGAACGUAUUGGUGUAGUAGGUCAGGAGCCAAUUUUGUUUGGCACCACCAUUUACGAGAAUAUUCGUUACGGACGUGAGGAUGCGACGCGGGAAGAAAUUGAAGCGGCUGCCCGUGCCGCCAACGCUCUAAUGUUUAUAAAUAAAUUACCGAGAGGUUUAUUUACUAUGGUUGGCGAAAGGGGAGCCCAAUUAUCUGGUGGACAAAAGCAACGCAUCGCCAUCGCUAGAGCUUUAGUUAGAAAUCCGGAGAUUUUACUUUUGGAUGAAGCUACUUUGGCCUUGGAUACAGCCAGUGAGGUAAAAGUGCAGAAAGCUUUAGAAAAGGCUAGCAAAGGCCGUACCACAAUUAUUGUAGCUCAUCGCUUGUCAACCAUACGUCGAGCGGAUUGUAUUGUAGUUAUUUUCAAAGGUCAAGUAGUGGAAACUGGUACUCAUGAUGAAUUAAUGGAUCUGAAGGGACAUUAUUAUAAUUUGGUCACUAGUCAAGUAGGCGAUGUUGAAGCCGUCGGCUCUCUAGAUAUGACGAAAGAGAAUGAAUUGUUAAAUAAUGCAUACGACGAAGAUGAGGAACAAAUAAAAUUUCCGCGAAGAAAUGACGAUGAAGAUGGAACAGAAGCAAAAGAAAACAAGAAAAAAGAGUAUUUAUGGCCGAUUUUGAAAAUGAAUCGCAACGAAUGGCCGCAAAUAAUCUGCGGGUGUUUGACGUCAGUGAUUAUGGGUUCGGCUAUGCCUUUAUUCGCAUUAUUGUUUGGUUCAAUUUUGCAGAUCUUAUCAGUUCGCGAUGAUCCCGAUUAUGUACGAGAUAACACAAACAUCUACAGUUUGUAUUUCGUCUUAAGUGGUAUCGCGGUAGGUGCAGCAACUUUUCUUCAGAUUUAUUCUUUCGGCUUCGCCGGGGAGAAGUUAAUCGAACGUUUGAGGGGUUUUAUGUUUGAGGCAAUACUGAAAAUGGAGAUCGCCUGGUUUGAUAAACCUUCCAAUGGUACUGGUAGUCUGUGCUCACGUUUAUCGGGUGAUGCUGCCGCAGUGCAGGGAGCUACUGGACAACGCAUUGGCAUCGUCGUACAAGCAUUGGCUACUAUAUCUUUGGGAAUAGGAAUCUCCAUGUAUUUCGAAUGGAGUUUGGGAUUAUUGGCGUUAGCUUUUGCACCUUUCAUAUUGGUGGCUACGUUUUUGCAACGUAAAGUUAUGAGUAAAGAGCACAUGGGCACUGCUAAAACCAUGGAGAAGUGCACUAAACUUGCGGUUGAAGUGGUCUCCAAUAUACGUACUGUGGUCUCUUUGGGACGUGAAGAAAUGUUUUAUCGCCUGUAUAUAGAAAUGCUAGGACCUGCUGUGAGGAAAGCCAAACGUAAUACCCAUUAUCGGGGUUUCGUUUACGGUUUGGCCCGUUCUCUUAUGUACUUCGCCUACGCUGCUUGCAUGUAUUAUGGCGGUUGGUGUAUUAUCAAUAAAGGCAUGGAAUUCGGCGAUGUUUUUAUUGUCGCUCAAUCUUUAAUUAUGGGAACUGUGUCGAUCGCUAGUGCUUUAGCAUUUGCUCCCAAUUUUCAAAAGGGCUUAACAGCAGCUGAAAAUAUUUAUAAAUUGUUAACACGUUCGCCCGAAAUUGUCGAUCGUGCGGACGUUGACACAGCACCAUGGUACGCGGAAGGUAAUGUAGCCUAUGAAGAGGUACGAUUUUCCUAUCCAGCCCGGCCAGAGAUUUUAGUGUUGCGCGAUCUUAGUUUAAGUGUUGCUAAAGGUGAAAGGAUUGCCUUGGUGGGUCAAUCCGGUUGCGGAAAAUCUACAUGCAUACAAUUAAUGCAACGUUUUUACGAUGUAAACGCGGGCUCGAUAACAAUCGAUGAUAAGGAUUUGCGCAGUCUGUCCUUGCAAAAUUUGCGUCGUCAAAUGGGUAUCGUUUCUCAAGAGCCAAUACUUUUUGAUCGGACUAUAAGUGAAAAUAUCGCCUAUGGUGACAAUAAUCGAUUAGUUUCACAAGCCGAAAUCAUUGAAGCGGCUAAGAAAGCUAAUAUACAUGACUUUAUAGUGUCAUUGCCUUUGGGCUACGAAAAUCGGAUCGGUGAGAAAGGUACGCAAAUGUCCGGUGGCCAAAAACAGCGGAUUGCCAUUGCCAGAGCUUUAAUUCGAAAUCCUCGUGUACUGUUGCUGGACGAAGCCACAUCCGCAUUAGAUGCUGAAAGUGAAAGCCUAGUGCAAGCUGCCUUAGAUGUCGCUAGCGAAGGUCGCACUACCAUUACAAUCGCUCAUCGUUUAUCAACCAUUAUAGAUUCAGAUGUGAUAUUCGUUUUCAAAGACGGUCAAAUUUCCGAAUAUGGAACACAUAGGCAAUUACUCGAAUUGCACGGACUUUACUUUAGCUUGUAUAAAUUACAAUCGGGUUCCAUGUAAGCCAUGCAAAGUCGUCGUCGAUGUUGAUGGACUUAGAGUGAAACGCUUUCUCCUAAUAUUAGAUAUUAUUAUGCACUCAGGAAACAAUUUAUUCAAAAUUAAAUUUUAUAUCGUUAAGUAGGCCGGA